AUGGAGAGCCCGGUAUUAAAUGGAGCCAGCAAGACCAAUGGAGAUGCGGUUUAUGAGUUAGAAAAUGAAGUUGACACUGACAGCACUCAUAUUGGCAACAACGGCGAUCAGCGUGAGAAGAGCGAGAGUCCAGUUUUUGACGCAGCAGGUGGCGGAGGAAAUUUGAGGAUGCCUUCGGAGCUUCCUAAUGAAAUAUCAGCGCCGUAUGAAGUUCCGCAAUUUCCGAUCGAGCAGAUCGAGAAGAAACUAUUGAUCCAGAGGCAGCUUACUGUCAAAGCGGCAAAAGACCUUGAGGAGCGACGCAGCCACUAUGAACCUUCACUGGGACCUGCAGCUGACGACAAUGACUACCCCUUCAACCUCGAAGAAAACGACUUUGUUCCUCACUUCCAGCGCGUCUCCAUUUCCGGGGAAGACACAUCUGGAGUGCCAUUGGAGGAUCUGCAAAGAGCAUCGCAGAUGCUGGUGCAAGCACUGUACAUCCGAGAGAAGUACAUGAUAAAUUCAAACCAGACAUUUCCGUCCAUCACCUCCCGGUUCCUGAGGAACGUCGACAAGAAGCCUUUGAACAGCGCGGAGUUGUUCCAGCACGAGGACCGAAUGGCGAUAGCAGUCCCUCUCGAGGUUGCAUUGUUCCUAACUAUUGUGGCUAUUUUAGACCAUCCUGUGCAUGCACCGGCCUCAAGAGGCGACCCCUGGGACUGCGAGUUUCCACCUGCCAAGAAUUACAAGAUCAACCCCGUCAACGGAGUGUUCAACGUCUACGCUAACGAGGAGGAUCUUGCUAAUGGAAAGCCUUUGCCUUACGCUUACCCGGAUCUCGGGACCUUUGUACGUGACAUGAAUUUGCUCUGCUCUAUGAUUGCCGAUGGCCCGCUUAAAUCAUUUUGCUACAGGCGAUUGAGUUACUUGUCUUCGAAAUUUCAAUUACAUGUUCUGCUUAAUGAGCUACGGGAACUUGCUAGUCAGAAAGCUAGCGGGGAAAUGAUGACUCUUGCCCAAGUAUUUGAGUCAAUGAAUCUCACAACUUACGAUCUUAGCGUAGAUAUGCUCGACGUUCACGCAGACAGAAAUACUUUCCAUCGUUUUGAUAAAUUCAACGCCAAGUACAACCCGAUCGGCGAAAGUCGUCUGCGUGAAGUGUUUCUUAAGACCGACAAUUAUCUCGACGGUAAAUACUUUGCGAGGAUUAUCAAAGAAGUUGCCAGCGACCUUGAGGAGUCAAAGUAUCAGAAUGCCGAACUGAGGCUGUCUAUUUACGGUAAAAGCGCUGAUGAAUGGGACAAGCUUGCUAAUUGGGCGAUCAAAGGUGACGUCUAUUCAGACAACGUUCGCUGGCUUAUUCAGAUUCCACGGCUCUACGAUAUAUUCAAGCUGAACAAGUUGAUGAGUAAUUUCCAAGAAAUUAUUAACAACAUCUUCUUGCCGCUGUUCGAAGUCACUAACGAUCCUUCGUCUCAUCCCGACCUUCACAAGUUCCUGCAGUAUGUAAUUGGAUUCGACUCUGUUGACGAUGAGAGCAAACCUGAGAAUCCGCUUUUUGAUAAAGACGUAUCGCCUCCUGAGGAAUGGAAUGACAUUGAGAAUCCUCCCUAUGGGUACUAUCAGUACUAUACUUAUGCUAACAUGACGGUCCUCAAUCAUUUUCGAGCUGACCGAGGCCUGAACACUUUCGUCCUGCGACCUCACUGCGGUGAAGCAGGUCCAAUUCAACAUCUGGUCUGCGGAUUCAUGAUGGCAGAGAAUAUAUCACACGGUCUCCUGCUCCGCAAAGUCCCAGUGCUCCAAUAUCUGUAUUACCUGGCUCAGAUUGGGAUCGCAAUGUCACCUCUGAGCAAUAAUUCUCUAUUCUUGAACUACCACCGUAACCCUUUGCCGGAAUACCUUGCACGGGGCCUCUGCGUCAGCCUCUCCACAGACGAUCCUCUGCAAUUUCACUUCACAAAGGAACCUCUCAUGGAGGAGUACAGUAUUGCUGCACAGGUCUGGAAGCUCAGUUCUUGCGACAUGUGUGAGCUUGCAAGGAACUCUGUAAUAAUGAGCGGUUUUCCUCACAAGAGCAAGCAGUACUGGCUAGGACCAAACUACACCAAGGAAGGAGUAGCUGGGAACGACAUCACGAGGACAAAUGUCCCCGAUAUCCGGGUGGCGUAUCGCUACGAGACUCUCGUCGAUGAACUUUCCAAUAUCUUUAAAGUUGUUGAAAAGCCCGACAGUUUUUAG